CAACGUAACAGGACUGAGGUUGCCAUAUCUACUCAUAUAUGAUGCAAGUGACGACCACUCUCUCCACUUAUUACAUACACCGACUUUAUGGGCCCACAGGCUUAAUCCAUUGCCACUUUUCCAUGGACGAAAACACAAUGCCACAAAAACAGGAGAGGAGAUGGGUGGGCGUGAGGAAAACCCCAAGGGGUCGACAUCUGGUUCUCUUCGGCGGCCUUUAGUCGCCUCAAUCGCCGACCGACUAACCUCCAAGGCAAAGGGCCCAAGAUCACGACCUGAAGGGCGUCAGGAAGGAGAAACCAAACAAAGACCUAUUUCAGACGCUGCAACUAAAAAAGCAGCAUCUGACACCAAACGUCGACUUGCGGGGAUUGCCACGGUAUCGCCAGGCCCACGAGUGAUCGGCAGCCAUGAACAGCACACCCAGUUCGGUGUCUUUCAGCGAAGACAGUCAUCUCAGCAGGUACAUGAAAAUUCUGCGGAAUCAGUUUUGAAAACCCGGCGUUCAAUCUGGAGGGCAGGCUCCGAAGUACAGCCCCUGAGGGAGAAUAACCAGCAGCCUUCCCUCUCAAUAGGCAUGAAUCAGCAGUCCAGAGGAGGGCGAGUUAUGAAAAACACAAGAGAGGAUGGAGCUUCAACCAAAUUGAAAGAAAUGACACAGCGCUCGACACCACUAAAUGAUCGAAAAGGACGGACCCAGGGGCAGCAACGAGAAAGGCCGAGAUCUAAAAUCCGAGACAGCGAUGACCCCCCGACUCUAAAGAGGCCCAUAGCAACCACGCUAUCAAAGGUUCGAGAUAAUAGUGGGAAACUCCCAGCACCAAGGGCUCAAUAUGAUCAGAUUCACCCCGUUACAAGUCGACCCUCUGGCGAAAGAGCGAGCCUACCGCUGAGACGGCCAGAGCCCCCUCAGUCUCGAAGUAGGCUGCCAUUAUCACUGUCAGGUUCCAGCUCUCAUCUUGGGCGUAAUAUCCAUGACAAAAAAGGCAAGAUACCAUUGACAAAUUUGUCUCUCGAAGUUUCCCCAGACGCACGACGCAAUUCUAAACCACCCCAGAGUUGUCACGAUCGUAGCAGGCAAACAAUAAGGUCUAUCCCAGUUCGCCAUUGUAGAGAACCCGUACAUGGGCUGGCGAGUCGCACCCCAGCGCCUAGCUCUCCACCACAAAAUCUGGGACUCCAACAGGUACUAAAGAUGACUCCUGGCAGCCAAGGCGUGACGUCGCGCCUCGCGGCGCAAAUACCUCCAACUCUGAUGAAAAAUACCACCACAAAGCCGAUACCAUCCAACUCAAAGCCAAGAUUUGCAAAGACAGAAUCAAAUCAUAAGCAUCCAAGAGCCCAUCACAAACCUACCCAUCACAAAGUCGUUCACGAACCCGUCAAUAUGAAUGACCCCAAAAAACACGAAGAUGACAUCAAGUCCCCGAGUCUCAUCGAGCGUCGACAUCCUGAUUACAAUGGUGGAGUGGUUGUAGACGAAGGAAGCCUUGGCAGUGGAAACGAAGGGAGCAGCUCAUGGAAGUCGACGAACAUGACUAGAUGGGUAGCGAUAGUUGUGACUAUGAAGAUGCUAGAGAGGAUAAGAAGGAUGAGCAUGAUAUUCAAGAGUAUUUGUACGGAGAAUACAUGGUUGCAAGCAAAGAAGACGAUGAUGGCGAUGCUGAGCCUACCAUGGAAGAUGGCAACGACGUUGAAAGGAUUGGGAACGACGUUGGCGAUAUUGACAGCGCUAGCUGUGAUGAUAAAGAUGUUACGAGUACUGAUGGGGUCGACCGAAAUGGUAAAAGCUCUGGUUACAAAAACAAAGACAAUAAAGAAAUAGUAGAAGGCAAUCACGCUUACCUAGAAGAGAAAGAAUAUGUCCA